AAUAUCUGCUCUAAUUUUCCUGUGGCACGACAAUUAUCGAUAUUUUGAAAACAUCGAUUGCAUUGAUGGUUCCUCAUCUCUAAUGUGGCAUUUCACAUGUUUUCAACGAGGCGAGCGAGUUCAGGAAGUGUUUUUUCGUGUUUAUAAUAAGACGCCAUGGACAUAGAUGAGCUAUUCGACUGUUUCGAUGAGGUGCCACCAGAGAGUAAGCUGGCGCCACUACCCUUUGCCGGUGCAAUGUCGACCACAGAAAACGAUGAAGAAGCCGGCGACAAAAAACCAAGCACUAGUAAAGCUUUAAAACGUGAAGCGACUUCAGAUGCAGCCUCAGACAAGCAGGCAGAUGAUGAAGAAGAGGAAAUAUCAACGAAACGCACACGAUCCGAUGACACAAAGGAGGGUGAGGGGAAUAGCUCAGAUGAGAAGGAUGAAAAAGUUGAGGAGAUGGAUGAUAACGCUAUUGAUGCGCUCCGGGUGCGCAUUACUACCCAUCAACUCGUAUCGCCCGAGUCGUGUACACAUGAGGUGGCCGCCCAUCCCGAUCACGAGUAUAUUCCACUUCAACCAUUCACCGGGGUGCCCGCCAAGCAAUAUCCCUUUGUUUUGGAUCCGUUCCAGAAACAGGCCAUUCUCUGCAUUGACAAUUCCCAGAGCGUGCUCGUGUCGGCGCAUACAUCGGCAGGCAAAACAGUGGUGGCGGAAUAUGCAAUUGCCAAAUCCCUGGCAGCCAAGCAGCGCGUCAUCUACACAACGCCCAUAAAGGCGCUGUCUAAUCAAAAGUUUCGUGAAUUCACCGACGAGUUUCAAGAUGUUGGUCUCGUCACUGGCGAUGUGACUAUCAACCCAUCGGCCUCCUGCCUGAUCAUGACAACAGAGAUUUUACGUAAUAUGCUGUAUCGCGGUAGCGAAGUUAUGCGUGAAGUAGGUUGGGUAAUCUUCGAUGAGAUUCACUAUAUGCGCGACAAGGAGCGCGGCGUUGUCUGGGAAGAGACGCUCAUUUUACUGCCCGACAAUGUGCGUUACGUCUUUCUCUCUGCCACCAUUCCGAAUGCCCGACAAUUCGCCGAAUGGGUUUGCCAUUUGCAUAAGCAGCCGUGUCACGUUGUCUACACGGACUAUCGACCGACCCCGUUGCAGCAUUAUAUAUUUCCAGCUGGCGGUGAUGGCAUCCAUUUGAUUGUUGACGAGAAGGGCCAGUUCAAGGAGGAUAAUUUCACCACAGCCAUGGCUGUGUUGGCCAAUGCAGGCGAAGCGGCCAAGGGUGAUCAGAAAGGACGCAAAGGUGGCAUCAAGGGUCAUAAUUCCGGUCAAACGAAUAUAUUCAAAAUUGUCAAAAUGAUCAUGGAACGCAACUUCGCCCCGGUCAUUAUCUUUUCGUUCAGCAAGAAGGAUUGCGAGAUUUAUGCUAUGCAAAUGGCUAAACUCGAUUUCAACACACUUGAUGAAAAGAAACUAGUGGAUGAGGUGUUCAACAAUGCCAUGGAUGUGCUCACCGAAGAGGAUCGUCGCCUGCCGCAGGUGGAGAAUGUGCUGCCAUUGCUGCGACGCGGCAUUGGCAUCCAUCACGGUGGAUUGCUGCCCAUUCUGAAGGAAACUAUUGAGAUUCUGUUCGGGGAAGGCCUAAUCAAGGCUCUCUUCGCCACUGAAACUUUUGCCAUGGGCUUGAACAUGCCGGCUCGUACAGUUUUGUUCACAGCGCCGCGCAAAUUUGAUGGCAAAGACUUUCGCUGGAUCAGCUCGGGCGAAUACAUUCAAAUGGCUGGACGAGCUGGUCGUCGUGGCCUUGAUGAUAAGGGUAUCGUUAUACUGAUGAUCGACGAAAAGGUUUCGCCCGUCGUCGGUCGAGAAAUAGUGCAAGGCAAGGCGGACACGUUGAAUUCGGCGUUCCAUUUGACCUAUAACAUGGUGUUGAAUCUUCUGCGCGUUGAGGAAAUAAAUCCCGAGUACAUGCUUGAGCGAAGUUUUUAUCAGUUCCAGAAUCAGGCUGCACUGCCAGGUCUCCACGACAAAGUGCAGGAAAAAACGAAGGAACUCAAUAAGCUAAGCAUCAAGGAUGAGCACAACAUCGCAUCGUAUCAUCACAUACGAGAUCAGCUCGAUAUAAACGGCAAGAAAUUCCGCGAGUGGCUCACAAAGCCACAGUAUAUAGCACCCUUCCUACAACCGGGUCGCUUGGUAAAAGUCUCGGCGAGCAAACAAGAGUACGACUGGGGCAUUGUAUUGAAUUACAAGAAGAAGGAGGAGCCAAAUCGUCGCAACCCCGUCAAAAAUGAUCCGGGGCUGGUUCUUGAUGUUCUGCUUCAUGUGAGCGAUGCAUCGGCUAAAACUGGCGAUACCGAGCCCUGUCCGCCAAACGAGCGCGGAAGCAUGGAGAUUGUGCCAGUUGCCAACACGCUUAUCACACAAAUCAGUUCCAUUCGCGUAUACUUUCCCAAUGAUUUGCGAACUGCCGAUAAUCGACGUGCGGUGCAAAAGACCAUUCAGGAGGCCAAGAAACGUUUUCCGCUGGGCCCGCCCGUGCUCAAUCCCAUCAACGAUAUGCACAUCAAGGAUCCAGAGUUCCGUAACAUUGUUGACACCAUUGCGCAGUUUGAGAAGCUACUCGAAGAGCAUCCGUUACACAAAUCCCCUGAGCUGGAGCGUCUUCACAAGCGAUACAUGAAUAAAUUGACAUUGCAGACGGAGCUGAGCGAUCUUAAGCAGGAAUUAAAGGCAGCACGUAGCCUGCUGCAAAUGGACGAGCUCAAGUAUCGUAAGCGUGUGCUACGACGCAUGGGCUACUGCAAGCCUGGAGAUGUAAUUGAGUUCAAGGGCCGCGUCGCCUGUGAGCUGAGCUCCGCUGACGAGCUACUGAUCACUGAGAUGAUCUUCAAUGGUGUAUUCAAUGAGCUUUCAGCGCCACAGGCAGUUGCACUACUCUCGUGCUUCGUAUGCGACGAGAAGUCGUCGGAGUCACCAAAGAGUGCUACUGAGUUGUCUGGCCCAUUGCGGGCGCUGCAGAAUCUGGCGAGGCGUAUUGCCAAGGUGUCCUCUGAGUGUAAGCUGCAAUUGGAUGAGGACAACUAUGUUGAUAAGUUCAAGCCCUUCCUCAUGGACGUUGUGCUUGCCUGGUGCAAGGGAUCCACGUUCCUCAGCGUCUGCAAGAUGACCGAUAUAUUUGAGGGCUCAAUUAUUAGGUGUAUGAGACGCCUGGAGGAGCUGCUGCGUCAACUGUGUCAGGCCUCAAAGACUAUUGGCAAUACAGAUUUGGAGAACAAAUUCUCCGAGGGCAUUCGCCUGUUAAAGCGUGACAUUGUGUUUGCCGCCUCACUCUAUCUAUAAGGUGUGCUCUAAUAUAAUUUGUUUAUAUAGUUAAGAAUAAAGAAGAACUUUAUUAACUAAUUAAUGUGAUGAGAACGAGGGACAUAAGACACGCAAAGCAUUAGCAUUAAAGGACAUUUUACAAAUGAAUUCAUAGACAUUGCAUUACGAAUACGUGUGUGUUUGAAUUAAUUAUAUAACUAAAUGAACUUAUGGUAAUGUUAAUGUAAGUGAAUUUUCUAUGUUUUCAUAAACAUGUAUAAAAUAGAUCGUAUAAUCUAUAUAUAUGAUAUAUACAUAAACAUAAACACACUUCACAUGAAAACAUAAGAAAUUAUUGGACGGUUCACACUGAUUUGUAUGGUCAUUGGUUCUAUAUAUGCGACACAUAAAACAUAUAUAAAUAUAUAGUCAUAUGAGUAACCUCACUUAAUGCUAGGGUAGAUCCACAAAAGGCACUUAUCUCUCAGUUUGAUGAGAAUUUCUAUAGCUGCGCAGAUUGGGUUGCUUUGUUUUAUUCAAAAGAAUGUUUGCUUAACUGCUUUUUGGAUUUUCUUAAGCCUACAGCAUUACAAUUAUAGCUUAUUGUAGAUUUAUGUACAUUGAAAUGCGACUCCUCGAUUUAAGGGUUCAGCAAUUCUCUGGAAUGUCAUUGAUAUGGAUUCGUAUUCGUUGGGUUGUCGAACUUAAUAAAUAAUAUAGAAAAAAAUAUUUAAAGAAAAUAAAAUACA